CAGUCCAUUCAAAAUGUCAUCGUCGUCGCGUAGUGUUUAGAUUUUGCUCCUGAGAAAUCGGUUAAGAACUUGUGCAGAUUCCAUCCGAUUGCAUUUAAAGCGUGCGCAGCAUCAUUCUGUAUCUUCCCAGCAUCCACUCCGCCAAGCUUUGCGUGAAAUAAUUUGUGAAUUGGCGGCUUUGCGUGCAAAUAAACAAAUUCCGUAGAACUGUUGCCGUCGGACUCCUGUCCUCCGUAUGUGAGUGUGUGCGCAACAACCGCGGCAACCUUCCCAGCAGCGUGUACACCAGUAUCGGCGUUUGACGUUUCUCGUCGUACGAGAUCGCAGUGGCUUGCGCCAGUGCUCGGUACGUGGAAUUCGUGGUCUUCUCUCGGGUCCGUCUCCGUCGCGGUUAGUCGAAUUUUCGAGUUGAGCCGAGUGCGCGUCUUCGUUUGCGUCUCGUCUGUCGCUGGAAUUGCUCCUACUGCUGCUGCCUUUUGCGAUCCUCCUGGCUUUUCCAAAAACACCAAAGUUUUACACGAACCGCCACAAAGCGCUUUCCCGGCUGCCAACCCGCACGCCACUGUAGUUCGUAGCUCGCCGCUGAGUCCUGUCUCGUCCUUGUCUCGUGAGUGCGUGCGUGAGAGUGUGUGCGGUGUUCGUGCUUGCGAAGCAACCAGGAUCUGGCGACGUCACCAGCAAAGUGGAAUUCGGUGAAUUGUGUGGCCGGUGGACGGCCAGUGAAAAGUGUUUGGCGCUCGCAUUGGGCGUGUCGUGGCCUCAGCGCUCCCGUGCAGCAGUCCCAGCCAGACAAGGGCAGUUGUUAGUGCGUGAUCCCGGCCCCAGUUCGCCUCCGUGAGCAGUUCCUCCAAGUCAUGUCCACUUACAGCUGCUACGGACAAAACAUAAAAGGAUUUCCCGCGUUGUAGUCGUGUUCGUGUCGUGUACGUACGGUGUCCGAACAGUUGAGUAAACAUCGCGCGCGGUUGUGUGUGUGCAAGGUAUCGUCGCGUUCGUGAGUGAGGGGCAGGGAGCGUUCACGUCGGGGCUGCGCCGCCUUGUGCCACUUGUCAGUGAAGUGUGAAGUAGUAGAAAAAUCGUAGCGUAAAACGGCGACCCAGUGCUAAUCCGAGUCCUUGUCGCAGAAUAUCCCCCGUGCGGGCAAAUUGACAUUUCCCUCGCGCGCGUUUGCUUUGUCCUGGCAGCUUGUGUUUCGCGCGCGAGUGUUUAAUGGUCGUAGGCGCAGGCUGCCGUGCUAGCACUGAAACUCGAACGAUUCGCUUUGAUGCAGCAGUCAAGUCACUCGAAAGCUACGAACCCACGAAAACGGCAGCAGAAUUAGAAGUGAAAGAGUUGUCCGACCUCCGCCCCCGUUUCCGACGCCUUCAACAUCGUCUCGGUCGCCACAAUGUUCAAGUGCAUUCCGAUCUUCAAGGGCUGCAAUCGACAGGUGGAGUUUGUUGACAAACGCCACUGCUCGUUGCCCAGCGUCCCUGAGGAGAUAUUGCGGUACUCGAGAAGUUUGGAAGAGCUGUUGCUCGAUGCCAAUCAUAUCAAGGAUUUGCCAAAGAAUUUCUUUCGACUUCAUCGACUACGAAAGUUAGGACUUAGCGACAAUGAAAUCAACAGAUUACCGCCAGAUAUACAGAAUUUCGAAAAUUUAGUGGAGUUGGACGUUUCAAGAAAUGAUAUCGCAGACAUUCCGGACGACAUUAAACAUUUACAGAGCUUACAAGUAGCUGAUUUUAGUUCAAAUCCAAUUCCCCGCUUACCGGCCGGUUUUUCACAAUUGAAAAAUCUAACAGUAUUAGGCUUAAAUGAUAUGUCAUUAUCAUCGUUACCCGCGGAUUUCGGAAGCUUAACACAGUUGGAAUCGUUAGAAUUACGCGAAAAUUUACUUAAGGAAUUGCCUGAAUCGAUAAGCAAUUUAGUGAAACUCGAACGUUUAGAUUUGGGUGACAACGAAAUCGAAGAAUUACCCGCUCAUCUAGGCUCCCUGCCAUCGUUACAAGAACUAUGGCUGGAUCAUAAUCAGUUACAGAAACUUCCACCGGAAAUUGGCCUACUGAAAAACUUAGUAUGUUUAGAUGUUUCCGAAAAUAGAUUAGAAGAAAUCCCCGAAGAAAUUGGUGGACUUGAAAAUCUCACCGAUUUACAUUUAUCACAAAAUCUUCUAGAAUCAAUUCCUGAUGGAAUUUCGAAUUUGCAUCGUUUAACGAUACUAAAACUGGACCAAAAUCGAUUGCAUACAUUGAAUUCAAGUAUUGGAGCAUGUGAUUAUAUGCAAGAAUUGAUUUUAACUGAAAAUUUUUUAAUCGAGCUUCCACCAUCAAUCGGCUGCAUGACGAAACUGAAUAAUUUAAAUGUCGAUAGAAAUUCAUUAGAAAGUUUACCAAUAGAAAUUGGUAACUGCACAAAAUUGGGUGUCCUCAGCUUGAGAGACAAUAAGCUGAAAGUUUUACCAGCCGAACUUGGGAAUUGUAGUCAGUUGCAUGUUUUGGAUGUAUCUGGAAAUCAAUUACAGUAUUUGCCAUACUCAUUAGUAAAUCUUCAGCUAAAAGCCGUGUGGCUGUCUGAGAAUCAAGCACAACCUCUUCUAACAUUUCAACCUGAUACAGACGAAGUAACCGGCGAACAGGUGUUAACAUGCUUUUUACUGCCCCAGCAGGAAUAUCAGCCUAUCAGUCCAGAAUAUCCUCCGGGUCAGCUGUAUAGAUCAAGUGAAAAAUUCGAUUCCAUGGAACUUUUUCAACCCGACGAAGCUAUUCGCGAACACGAAUCCGAUUCCGAUGGUUGGGAGGAGCGGGAAGCCUCACGUACACAUUCCGUUAAAUUUUCCGAGGAAUCUACCAACGAGAAAGAUACACACUUCGUCCGACAAAACACGCCCCAUCCAAAAGAGCUUAAGGCCAAAGCGCACAAAUUAUUUGCCAAGGAGCGUAGCAAACGGGACGACAGUGGAAAUCUGGAUACAUUGUCCGAAGAGAGCUCGUCUAAACCCUCUUCGACCAAGCACGAGAUGAAUUCCACAACGAUGGAGAACUUAGCUGAAGCACAAACCGAGCCAUUCCUUCCGCCACCGACACCAACUGCUGUAACGAUAGUCGAGACACAAGAGACCCACGAGUUCGAACCAAAUCCAGUAGCACAAAACACCACCGAUGUGGAUGCUGAAUUGGAAGAAUAUGAAUAUAAUGAGCGGCGGGUUGGUUUCACAAUGGAUGCAAAAGAUGGUGAAUUACCUCCAGAAGAUGAUGAUUUUAAAACCCGACCAAUGAAAUUGCAUAGAAGAGAUACGCCACAUCACCUGAAAAAUAAACGCGUCCAGCAUGGUGUCAUUGAUAAGGCAGCCAGUGAAAUUUUAGCGAAUGCUUUGAAAAAUCAAGAAAAGCAACUACAAUUGAAUCCUGUUACAUCACCUAUUCAAGAAAUUGCAGAGCAGAAAGAAACGUCACAGAACGAUGAUGUAGAUAGUGUGACGGAACUUCGUGAAGAGCAGCAUGAAAUUCAUAUCGAACGAACAUCAGCCGGAUUGGGAUUAAGUAUAGCGGGUGGUAAAGGCUCCACCCCAUAUAAGGGUGAUGAUGAAGGAAUAUUCAUUUCAAGGGUAACCGAAGGUGGUCCGGCAGAUUUGGCUGGAUUGCGCGUAGGAGAUAAAGUGUUGAAAGUAAAUGGAGUCUCUGUGGUUGAUGUAGAUCAUUAUCAUGCCGUCGAAGUGCUAAAAGCAUGUGGAGCUGUACUUGUCCUGUUUGUUUCACGUGAAGUGACAAAAUUAGUAGGUCAUCCUGUAUUCAGCGAAGAUGGUUCUGUGGCACAGAUAGCAAUUACGGAACCAUCACAUGAUAUUCCAGCCAAAACAGUUCCUCCACCAAUUCAAAUUCCUCAACAACAACAACAGCCGGCAAAUGUAUCGCCGCAGCCACAAAAUGUCUACAACACUUUGCAACAGCAGCAACCUGUCGCUGCCGUAACAACAACACCCGCAACACAUGAACAACAAAAUGCAAAUGUCCAACCGAAUGGCAUUGUUGAGAAUGGACGGGAGGUUGUGCAUAAAGUGACGCUUCAUACAACAUUAAUACGGGACCAAAUUGGUCAAGGACUAGGUUUCAGUAUUGCUGGCGGUAAAGGUUCGCCACCGUACAAAGAUGAUUGCGAUGGGAUUUUCAUUUCUCGAAUUACGGAUGGCAGUCUUGCACAUAGAGAUGGCAAGAUUAUGGUCGGAGAUCGGGUCCUAGCUAUCAAUGGAGUCGAUAUGACCACAGCAUAUCAUGAAACGGCCGUUCAACUCUUAACCGAUCAUCAAAGGUUCGUUCGGUUAGUAUUGCAGCGUGAGAUUCGAGGUCCUCUCGAACCACCACAAAGUCCGCGCAGUCCUUCUUUGUUGAAGGGACUGAGCCCUACCGGCUACAUGGCCAAUCGUCCAGGCUACAAACGUUCUAUUGGCGAUUUAGUAGCCGAGUCAAAUAAAUACAUCACACAACCAAUUGCCUACGAUACAAAUAAAAAUACUGUUGUUGAACAAACAACAAUUACAAAAACAAACGGUUUCGAUCAAAAUUCCGCCCCAGCAGAAUCCAUUCCACAUGAUAUGCAGAACGAGAAUGUGCAAAUCCAGCCUGUUCCUGCACCACGUCGUUUAACUUCAAGCAAUUCCAUGUCUAGUGAUGCACCAAAUCAACAAAAUGGUGCGCCUGGCGCAAAAAUAACUGAUGAAGAGAAAGAGGUACCACCGAGACCAUUGACUAGUGCUGAUUUUCAAGCUAUGAUACCGGCUCAUUUUUUACGAGGCGGUACGUCACAGCAUGUGCAUGUUGAAAAACAUGAAGGUGGUCCGUCAGUAACGGUGACCGUUAAUAAGGCUGUGCCAGAUUUGCCGAUGUUACCGCCGGCACCAACCGAAUUAGGAUGUGUUACUGAAACAAUAACAAAAUCUACAUUUACGGAGACUGUUAUGACUAGAAUAACUGAUAAUCGUUUAGCGGAACCAUUAAUUAGUGAGGAUGUAGCAUUACCUAAAAAUCAAGGAUCAUUAGGUUUUAGUAUUAUUGGUGGCACCGAUCAUUCCUGUGUUCCCUUUGGUGCCCACGAGCCUGGAAUAUUUAUUUCACAUAUUGUUCCUGGAGGUAUUGCUGCAAAGUCAGGCAAAUUACGUAUGGGCGAUAGGAUACUUAAAGUAAACGGCACAGAUGUUACAAAAGCUACACAUCAAGAAGCGGUUAUCGAGCUUUUACGACCUGGAGAUGAGAUUGUAUUAACAGUACAACAUGACCCACUUCCGAUUGGAUUCCAGCAAAUUACGAUCAGCAAGAAUGAAGGAGAACGGCUCGGAAUGCACAUUAAGGGUGGACUUAAUGGGCAAAAAGGCAAUCCACUAGACCCGACCGACGAAGGUGUUUUCGUUUCAAAAAUCAAUUCGAAUGGUGCUGCAAGACGAGAUGGACGACUCAAAGUUGGUAUGCGCCUUCUGGAAGUCAACGGAACCUCAUUGUUAGGCGCUACUCAUCAAGAAGCAGUUAAUUCUUUACGCGCGGCUGGAAAUGACAUUCAGUUAGUAGUGUGUAAAGGUUAUGAUAAGUCUAGCUUGAUUCAUUCAAUUGGGUCAGCCGGUGGAAUGAGUACGGGAUUCAAUUCUAGUAGCCGACAUGGGUCGAGAACAUCGGAAACUGGGUCAGAAUUAAGUCAAAGUAUAUCCAGUUUAGAUCGUGACGAUGAAGAUAAUCGAACAAGAAGCGAAUCGGAGGUAUUUAUGCCGAGGUCAGAAACGAAUGAUGUGCUACCUAAUGCUGGAGUUCCUCCAACAUCGCGAGAUGUAGCCUUGGUCAACUCGGAGCAGUCAUUAGUUAGUACAAGGGAGAAAAGUACACCUGAAAAAGUGCUAGAUAUUGUGAGAGCGGCAGAAUCUCUGGCGUUAUCCGACGCACUUCCACCAAAAUCACCAGCCGAUCAUCACGAUGAUAAAGUUCAAAAAACAACAACUUUAGUUAUGUCGAAACACACACUGGAUACACAUCCUGCACCACAAGCUCAGAAGGACAUUAUGAGAAAUCCUGGAGUUGUUCAACAGCACCAAAUUAAAAUAAACUCUUCUUAUACGCAGACACCAACAAUGAACAAUUCCGAUUUGGAUUCAGAUUCAGGGAUUAGUACAAUCCCAAGAACAGCAGCUAGUCUUAGGAAAGCUCAAGGAUUACUUAAUGCACAGGAAAGCGGGACUCAAACUACAUUUGAAUCAAAGAUGAAAAAAGCGACAAAUAUUGAAGAGCAGGAAGCGGAUAUGAACGAUGAUGCCUUUGUUGAAGAUGACGUUGAUGAUGAUGAAAUUGAAGAAGAAUUGAAGUCUUUAGGGCGAAGGAAGCCAUUUGUACGUUUAGAUACUUUUGAUAUCUACGAAAAAGCUCAACGUAAGAAAAAGGUAGAGGGUAAUUAUCGGAAAAUCGAAUCAGAUGACGAGUCCAGGGCAAAGUAUGUAAUACCGAGCAGUUCUGAUAGAAGUUCUCCCGAAUCAUAUUCACAUCGAAAAUCUGUUAGUUUCGAUUUGAGUGGAGAUGAAAGAUCGAAAUCAGAUUUUGACCGUUCAUAUUCACCUGAAACGGUCGGACGACGCUUCUACUAUGACUCAGAACAAGAUUACGAUUCAUCUUUGGAUUCAAGAAAAGGCCGCGAUCGUGGAUUGAAAGGUAUCUUGCGGUCAUCAAGUCCAUCUUCUGGUUCAGAAAAACCAAGAUUUAUGAUUGCAAACAGGAUUAGUGAAUCUGAGUUCGAAAACUAUUCGGUUCCUGAUCUGACUGAGGCGAAAGACAAUUCAGACGAUGAAAUUGAACGAGAAAAUCCUUUCAGAGAAGCAUUCCUUUCGAGUCAAAAUUGCAAUAUAGAUGAUAUAAAGAAACUGGCUAUAAAUCGGAGACCUGCCCGUGACAACUUCGUAAUGGGAAAACAAAUACCAGUUCAUGCUUUGUCGAAGUCAAAUGAAGAUUUGUACAAUCCUGUGAAAAUUCCUAUUCGUAAGCCUGUCCAUUUAUCUACCGGAAAUCUGACCGAACAACCUAAACGAAGACCACCACCACCGAUUCCACCGAAGCCAAAAAUAAAGCAAGCUAAUGUGGUGCGAAAUACAGCUUUAACCCAAUUUCAAAACGACCUAGAACAUGGAGAUUUCAUUCAAUAUGAACAUAAUGCCGAGACGAAUACUAUUCGCGAAGUUCCCGCGGACCGACCAAGUUCAUUCUUCAGCCCAGAUAAUCCUCUCCCCCCAGUACCAGUUAAGAUCACUUCAAGGAAAUUGAAUGCCAGACCGGCAGAAAGUCCUCCACCACCACCAGUGAAUUUAGCGACACUUCCUAGUAUGGAUGAAAUAUCUAAUUCUGAAAAUGAUCCAAUAAUUGUUGAAAUAGUUCCAGCUAAAUUCCACACCCUACCGACAGCAAAGCGUGCUGAAUAUGUUCAUGAGAAUUCACCGGAUAACAUUUUGGUUCCGGAAGACGUUCACCGUAACGUUUUGCUUCAAGAAAAUGAGAUUCGUAAUCUCAUGAAGGAGACAUCAGAAACAAUUUCGGUAAAUUCAUCAACUUUAGGUUCAACUAUAUCUCCAGAAGCACUUCCAAUAAGUAAUCCUGUAACAACAACUGCUACUAUUUCCAUGCCACCUGAUCAACAGGCGAGAGGAAUACAACUGCAGCAAUCUACGGCGUCUGGUGUACCCGUACUUUCACCAACACAAAUAUUUCCCCCACCACAAAUUCUCCCUGUACAAUACACUCACCUUCCAAUGCCACAACAGCCUGGCGGCUACUAUCAAUUAACGCAACAACAACCACUACCACCGCCACCCCCAGCAAACUAUGUUCAAUUAGGCUAUCAAACAUUGGGUUAUACCAUACCGGCUCAGCCUAUUGCUGGAUAUAGUACUUUCAUGUCACCACCGCCAUCAGCGAAAACUCCGAAGACGGUAUCCGAUAAAAAGAAAUUUUUCGAAUCGGCAAUGGAAGAGCAACAUAAACCAUCCCCAAAACCUGAAAAAGUUUUCUCAUUUCUAUCGAAAGACGAAGUGGAAAAGCUGAAGCAGGAGGAAGAAAAGAAAAUCGCAACACUAAAAAACGAUAAGAAGAAUCGUCUAGGUGACGGUGGUAGCGUGGGCGUUGACUUUACUGGAUAUGGCAGUGUCCUAGGGGGCGAAGACGAUGAUGAUGAUUGUGAUGAUAAUGAGGGAGGCAGCGAUGGAAAUGCUAACAACGAUAACGAUAACGACUACCAGAACGACAAUAAUGGAGAGAGAAUAUUGGGCAAGGACGACUAUGAGAACGACAACCGUGGCGAACAUGAAAAUGGAGAUUCACGACAUAUCAGCUCGCACAGUAUGAUACCAACUAUGAAACAACGACAAAUGAAAAAACCAGAGCCUUUGUUAAGGUCCUCCAAACCAUCACCCCCGCCCAAAUCUCCAGCUUUAGCUAUGUUCGCGUCUGACUCACCUAGUAGAAUCCCUAUUCGGACAGCUAACGCUGAAAAGCGUAUGAAACAGCGAACCGGCUCCACAGGUAGCAGUAGCCAAAGUCUAAUUGAUAGUGAAUCCAAACCUGAAAGGAUUCUGAGUCCACUUGAAAUCCAAGCCUUGAAAGCGGAAAAACGUGCCGCUUGGCGACAAGCUCGCUUAAAAUCGCUCGAACAAGAUGCCCUUCAGGCGCAGGCAAUGAUUCAAAGUAUGAAUCAGAUUGCGGAUGACUUCAUCGAGGAAACUAAAAAGGAGAAAGUUAAAUUUCCGCGGAUUGCUAUCAAAUCUAGUCCAGGCGCUGUAAUUGUUCGUGAAAGGGAAAAGGUUGUUGAUGAGAAAAUUACCCGGCGAACUGAAGAAGUUCCAUGCCCAAUUACGGGACAACCAAAAUUACGUACGGUCGAAUAUGUUGAAAAAGUCAUCGAAACUGAGGUUGAAACCUGUCAAGAGAAGAUUAUAUCACUAGAGCUCGAAGACCCCGAAAGAGAAGCAGCGCCUGUCUUACAAGAGGGUGAUGGAGAUGAUGAGUCCGCAUCAAUAGUUACAAUACGUUCGAAUCCAGAUAAACUAUUUUUAAGACAGGAUCCAAAUGAGAACGACAGGCACAUACACAAAAUGAAUAAAUCGACAAAACAAGAUCUGGAAGAAAUAGAUGGAAAUUCGCUAGGUUCAGGUGGUCCGAAUUCUAAAACAUCAUCAUCAUCUAUGCAAUCAGUUCCGAUGCCACCCCUACGGACUAUCGUUGAAGUUGUGAAUCCUGCCAUUGCCGGAGAUGGAUCAGCAAACAAUAUUGCAAUUGGACGCUCUUCGGAUUGUUCAUAUCCCUCCUUCGACUCUUACAGUCAUGAAACAAACAUGUACUCAUACGAUAGUACCCAUCAUAAACAUUUAGAUUCGGAUAAUGCACACAGUGACAACCAAGACGAGGUGGAAGAUGGAGAAGACGAAGAUGAUGAUGAAAGGAUUACCACGGGCUAUGAAAACAGAAGGAGCUACGGAGAACACGAGCUCUCUUUGAACGAUAAAAUGAAAAAUGUUUUGCAGGAGCUACUGGAAAAUGAACGAGUCAAAUUAAAUCUAUCUCGUAGCCUGAUUGAAAAUGAUUCGUCGGAUCCAGAAGAAGAAGAAGACGACGAUGAUGAAAUGGAAGACGCAGUAUUUGAAGGCAGUAACGCUUACUAUCAUAAUCAAGAUUGUGACGAAUAUGAAAAGGGUGGUCAUAUAAAAUUUCAACAUAAAAUAAAAUCAAAUGGAAAUCACCAGGGCAUGGAAAAGGGUUUUGAAUCAGACAAUCUCAAAGGAUCUACUGUUCAUUCAUAUCAAACGGUAAAGGAAGGAAAUAUAUCAUCCCAGAGAGUCGAUGCACAUCUUGAGCCUUCUGACGGAUAUGUCUUUCUUGUGGAUGGCUGUCGGGUUUAUAGAAAUCCAAAUACUGAAAUGUCUUUUGAUGAUGAUGAUGAUGCUAUCAAGAGCAAGACAACUACAACCACAACAACAACAACAAGUAAGACAGGAACGAAAACGACAACAACUACCAGAACUAUUAUAAAGGACUAUUCUGGAACAAUAGCAGUUGGAUUGCCGCUGGCAAUAAGCGGAGAGGAAAAUGAAUCAUUUAAAGAGAUGCUAAUAUCACAGAUGCAGCAUGUAAAUGACGAUAAGGAACAUGUCUCAGGUUCCGGUGAAUUGAAACCACUAGAAUCACAACUUCCCCAACAUCACAUCAUGAGGUCGAGUGGUGGCAACGGCAACAAUGACUACGACGUUGAUGACAAUGAUAAAAUGAGCAGCGGUAGGGAAAGUGGUGUUCAGAGCAAGCAUCAACACCAUUCACUUGGCGAAAUAGAUACUCACCUCGUUCCUGGACCUGAUGUAGAGGACGAUGAGGAGGACGAGCUCGAAGGUGGUGAUGAGGACGUUGACGUCGAGCAACGUAAUCCGAAAAUUACUACAAGCAGAAUAAAGACUACGUCCAAUGACUUUAGCACAACAACAGUAGCGGAUAAGGAGCCAGAUCAUCAAGUGUUGUCUACAACAACGACGACAAUAGUUACAACAAAUCCUGAAGAUGGACAAGUGGUCAAACAGCAAAGUACUAAUCAGAGCAGUACAACAGCGACAUCAACGUCGGUGACAACCAAGAAAAAGAAAAGAAAACCGAAGAAUAAGAAAAAGUAGAUGAUGGAGUAAUAUGAUACUUUUUAUGAUAUUUUACAAAGCUAAUUCUAAUGUUUCUUUUUGUAAAAAAAUGCUUACUUUUAUGUUAGGAUAAGUGCAAGGAUACUCGGAUGGGAUGAGUUGAGUAUUUUGGUAGGAGAAAUAUCAUGAAAAGAGGAUGCCAGUUUGUUAUCUUUAGAAAUUCGUCAGAAGGAAGUCACUUUUGAAUGUUUCCAAAUAAUCAUUGAAUGCGCGUGGAAAUAAUGAAUAAGAAAUUAAUUUCAAAAAUCAGAUCUUUUGAAUCAUGUUUGUUGGUAAAUAUCCAAAGACAUUCAAGAUAAUUUUUCUGAAAAAAAAAAUUUGGUAAAAUUUAUUGUCUCAUCAUGUGGGAAAUACGAAGCUGACCGUAUUUGAUAAUUAGGGCUCCCAAUUCCACACGAUACUAGAUGUUCUUUGUAAACGUAAUUUUUCUCCAAAUUUUUCGUUCCCCGUCCUUGAGGUGCUCUUGAAUCUUAUCAUUUUGCUGGGAGAACAUUUCAAGGUAAUGAAAUUUCGUCGUGGCAGCAAAAAUAAAAUGAAAAUAUGAAAAGUAAUAAAGUAUAUUAUUAAAAGCAAAUUGAGACAAAUGUUAUCUGGAUACUCUUUGUUGGAGUGCAGGCAAUGCAACAGUGAGGCGUAUAGAAUCAAAAAAUAAUGGCUGAUCGUUGCUUUUCAGAUAACACACAAUUUGGAGUAAUUUCCUCCUGGGUAACAGCAGGGAAUAUAAAUUCAAUGUGUAAUGCGAGACUUCAACAUUACAGGACUUCAGUGGAGUGUACAUAUGUCAUCACCCCAUUCACCUUUUCACAUUGUUACUUUUUUCUAUUUCAUUUUUCAUGACGCUGUGCUCCAGUUUUAUUAUAUUCGUACUUAAUACAGUGCAAACGAUAUGUCCAUGCCAGAGCGGCAGCACAAAGAUAAACAAAAACAUCCGUGACCAAGAGGUAUUCGAGCCUGGGGCAACGAGAUUGGGGGGUUAACGCUCAGCCGAUCAAUUUUGUGCCGAUUAUGUUAAAAUUCAAUGCAAUAAAAAAGUGUUUUAUUUUAUCCUGGUUUUCCUGCAUCCAUUGGUACUGUAAUAUGAAUAACGUUAUUAAUCAAACUAUUUGCCGUCAAUCUUGCUAUUUCCAUCUGAUGCAUAGGAGAGUAUUCUUCCAGAGGGUUUUUCUUUUUGAUAUUAUUAGCUGGCUUUUCUACAACUAAUAACUAGCACCGGAUUGACAAAAUAAAUCCAUAUUUCAUCUUCAGUGACAACAGACAGAUAAAAUACAUUCAAUCCUUCUAAUAAUUUCUUUUUAAAGGGAUGAGUCCUACAUUCAAAAAUUGUGGUGCUGACAUGUACGCGAGACUUCUAUUAGUAACUAAUGACUUUCAGUAGUAACAUGGAAGCAAAAUGUCAUCCAAAGCUUAUAUAUGGAUGUCACUCUGUAAAGUAAUUAUGAAUGUUAAAAGCUUAAUAUGUAAUCCCGGAUCCACAUGCUUGCCAAACCUCGACAAGCCGUCGUAAAAUCAAACGUGUGGGUAGAGUGUUUGGCUUGGUUUGAAAACGCCUGCAACCGAUCCGAUCGAGUGUCGGUUUUUUGACAUACAUCUAAAGGAAUUUGACUGCCUGCUCAGAGCGUACUAAACCACUUGGAAACGUACGAAUGGCAUAACAAUCUCUUUCGGUUUCAGCGCGGUUUGUUUGACAUGUUGUAAGUCUUUUCUGGAUGGAAAUCAGCAUUGUUACCAAGGCAAUCUUAUUAGGGUUCCAUCUAGAUUUAGGCAUAUUCUGUAAAAAUUAAUUUUCGUUUACUUAAACUUUGUUUGGUGCCUUUUUUCAUGUUGGGGCUUAAUCAAAGACAUGUGGAUGGGUAUCUCAGUGGAAACUUGCCAUAAAAUGAACUUCGAUUCCUUCUAUAGCGAAAGCCACCAUGUUUGGUUUUUCCUAUACACCUUGGCAAAAAUAAUAAAAUUAAUUAGCUAAAUUGACAUUUAUAUGAUACCCUUCAGCCGAAGUUAGAGGUUAGAGUUAAUUAUUACCUGGAGUUUCACCUUUGGAAUUUUAUUAAUUAUAUGGUGGUUUUCUCUGAAAUUGUGGUUUUGGAUUCUUUGUCGGAGGGCGCCAGUGUUGAGAUUGUGUUUAGGUUUCAAUUAUCUUUACUGAAGUUUUUCUCUUCACAAAGAGGUAGCCGCUAACGAAGCGAAUUUCCCAUUUAGCGGGACAUUGAAUUAACAUUUUUCGCAAGAGAUGAUUAUGGGUCAAAAGUUUUCAACAUAUUAACCACGCACUGGUCUCAUUCUCUGCCUCCUGGGAGGUGUUGCCGACGUGGCCAAAAACCAUUUCCUAUGGCCGUGAGAACCUCGGUGUACCUACGUUCUGAACGUGCCUUGUAAUACUGGGACUCUGUGAGGUAGUAGACUUUCAAAUAUAUUGCGAAAGUUUUAACAUUUUUAUGCUCCGCUGAUCCGUUCUUAUCCUUAUUUAUAAGAAUAACCAGAUCUCCAGCAUCAUUUCCCAAGUUACAUUAGACAGAUGCCAUUGAGUUGGUAAAGGUAAAAUCGAAGGGUCAAAAGAUGAAAGAAAAGGUUGAAAUUCUAGAACAGUUCCGGGUGUUGUUGGCCCUGAAUAUUAAGAAGUUUCUGUUUUUCGCUUCCUGAAUCCCUUCUGGCAUCUGUCUGACAAACAUUGAUACUGAAAUCCGUUAAAGCUUUCUAAUGGAGGAGAAUCAUAUUCUAAAACAUGGCAUAUAAUACCAAUAGUAAAAUUUGAUAAAGAGUUCAUUCAUUUCUAAUGUAUAAGAUGUAUUAGGAUUAUUUACAACCAGUAAAAGCCUGAAGGAUUAUACAGAAUCUGUGGAUGAGGAUUUCAGGCUCAAUCAAUGCUUGACUAUCAUUGCAAAUUAAUAAAUAUUUUUAUUGGCAAAAGUUAGUAAAAUGUUUGUAGAACACCGUUUUCCACUUUGAUUCCAGCGCAUGAUGAGGAAGGAUGAAGGAACUGAUCGUCAUCCGUUUCAUUUAAUUUAUAAGAAAAAUUACAAUAGUUUUCGAAAGUGGGAACGCAACAUAUAUUUUUUGAAAAGCCAUAGUGCAUUUAAUUCAAUAUAUUACUUAUGUCUUCAGGAUUAAUUAAGCAGUAUGUUCAAAGAUUGCAAGUUUGGGUACUUUAUCAUUCUACAGGCUAGUUCUAUACACCUCUUGGCAACGUUGAACUACGAAGCUAAAAAGAUACUUGAAAUUAUAGCAUGAAUUACAAUCUCAAAGUUACAAAUUCUGCCUUUCUUUAUUCAUAAAAUCAUUCCAGAACAUACUCCAAUCGGAUAAAAAUGGUUGAAAAUGUCAUUUGUAAAUAAAACUGAAAUAAACCCUCCAGUUCUUCCCUAUAAGACCUAUAAAAUUGGACAGAGCUGAGUGAGUCUUAAAAAUAUGAGUUGAGUUUUUGUAAAUGUUUGGCAAGCAGUUGACUUAGCUGUCUAAAAUUCAAACGUUGAAAGCCAUAGGUGGUAAUGAACUCCUGUUUUCAAGACAAUAUAUGUAAGAGAGUCAGGAAACUUACACAACCGAAAACGAUAAAAAGAUUUCCUAUAACAACCAUGUCCCAUACAAAAUUUUGUCUGAUAAUGAUCUACUCUCCAGCCCUUUAGUACGACCUACUUCCACGGUACAAAUUCUUCAGAGCUACCACACUAUUGCUGGUCUUAUCUGUACAAAUCCUUCCUAGUAAUUUUUUGGAAAUCCACAGUCACAUAAGGUAAAUUUGUUCGCCUUUAGUAGGUUUAUGGGUAUCAUAACACAUAUUAUCUUAUCCGAUGUUAUCUUGAAUGCGCAGGACAAACGUAAGUAGAUGAUAUGCCGAACUUAUGCUUCUUUGAUGUAAGGCGUUGACUAAUGCAGUCGUUUAGAUAGGGGCCGUAAAUAUAUUUCAUUCAUUCUUCAUCGCGUUGUGCAAUAGUCUCUAUAUAUAUCAGAAUGUGUUGUACCAAAUCGGCCGCGAGCCUAGCACUGUACUUCGCUCUUCCGACAAUAGGUGACCCCCUGGCUAAAUAUGUCCUAGGUCUUGGAGCUUUCUUCCGGGCGUAAUAUAAGUGCAUCUUGAAAGUCGGUGUGGUUACGAUCAUCACCCUCGGGUAUCUAGUCAUCGAUUUGGAGUCUCUCUAUUUUCUUCGGUUAAGUCUAGCACGACGAUUCGCAAUUAGCUUCGAUAAUACCAUUUUUAUUUUGCGACUCCAACUAAUACUAGAUCGUUGCGAACCGAUCCGCAGCGUAGCCGUAACGGGAAGGUCAAACGUACCUUUAUAUACUCUUCGCUAGCGCCAGCCGUGGGCCUACUGCAAUAGAGAAUUCCAAAUGCCUGAGUCUAUCGUCAAGAUCAUCGAGUUGCUUACUUGCAAACUCUUUCGCCAUCAUUUGACCGUAACGGAACCAUCUCUACCUGUCUUACCAUUAGUUGCUUUUAAAAACUUGAUUGAGCCUUCUGAUCUACCCAUCACAGCCUACUGAAUCUGACUUUACGAAUAACGGUAUCGUCACGAUCUCGCUCAUAGAUUUCUUAUUUAGAUAUGCGUCAGAAUAGCUCAUCAUCAUAUUAGAAGCCGAAAAUUUCAGGAGGAUUUGGUUUAUUUAUGACUAAAAUUCUUGAAGAAUUGAUUUUUCUCAUCAAAGACAUAGUCUUGUAUAAUAGAAGCUAUGGAGAUACACUUGAAGCGGGAGGAUUUUCGUCUUCUUCAGCCUUUGAUAGAUCGAAAUAUUGGCGAGUUGGAAGUCCCGCCAACUGAAGACGACGGACCAUUACGCCCCGUUGCUGUUCUGAUUUUGAUGACUCUAUCGUAAAUUUGGUCCUAUUUCGUUCAUUCGUCGUCCCACGCGAUCUACGCGCAUCUUUUUAUCGCAGUCCAUUCGAGAUAUUCAAUCCUGCCAGCAAUAACUUCUUCUUGGCGAUUUUCAACCUUUUUCUAGAAGUUUUUCUUCGAUUGCGGCUUUCAUUACGAUCUAUAAAAGAGGUCCCAAUAUGGAAUCUUCCACGGUUCUCUAUGUGCUCCAUUGGGUUCAUGCGCAACGUUCCCUAGGAACUGCUCCUAGAGGUUACUUUUGACAAGUCGAGUUAAAGAACCACGGUACCAAUUCUGCCAAAGUGUAUCUAAUGUAGUCUCAAUCGGUCGGAGUAAAAGUAUUUUUGGCGUUUAGCAUCACUACUGUGCAAGAGUUGCCAAGGAUCAUCAGAUCACGAGUAAGAUCUACAACUCUUGUUAGUACUGGUUUUUGUGGAAAGUCUGCUUGCAAAUUAACACAAUGAAGUGGUAGGUCCUACUUGUUAAGUAGACAAAUAACAUAAGUGUUGGUUAAUGAUAAGCCCAAUUUUAUUCUAACUGUAAAUAACGAUAAUAAUGCCGUUUUUUAGUAGAGAAUCCCUUAUCCGUUACAAAAAUCCUCUCUCUUUCCACCAGAAUAUUUAUCAAGUGCCGAGGAAAGAUUUGAAAUUUUCGGUUGGCACAAGAUGAAAAUACGGUUCAUGAGGAAUAAUUUUCCUUCGUUUAACUUCUGUUAAGUUGUGAAAGUUUUAUCAGCACGAACAUUGUCGUGGUAAAACAUAACUCUACUUGCAAUUAAACUAGGUAUGGUAAUUUCCAUAAAAUUAUCAAACUGCUGACAGUAUGUACUUUCCAACAGUGCCUGUUUUAUUCGGCGGUGAAAGUUCUAGCUGCACUGGUCCAUGUACAUUCCAGUUCUAAAGAAAAGAUAGCUCUCUAAUUAAAGGUAAACCCAGUAUAUUUUUUUAUAAAUACCGAUAUGCCCCUUCCUUAGUAUUCGGUAUUUAAUAUCGUAUAUUAUCGAUAUUCGUUUGGUAACAAUCACUGAAGAACGCAACAUUUGGCUCUCCAAAAAUCUAUUAACAUAUGUCAGAUAAUAUACUAGAUCUGCCUUGAAAUAAAAAGCAGUUUCUUUUCUUUAUAUACUUUCUUAUAUGUAUAUUUUCUGCGCUCUGACAAUCUUAAACUGCCUGCCGGUGUCUGCUACCUAACCCAUUGGGUGGCUCUUCAACCUGAGAUUUCCGUGCCCCGGGGUUCUGUUAAUGAAAUAACAUUUAAAGUUAUCGAACACUCCAUGAUGAAAUACUUUUUCAAAAGACCCUCAAUUUCUUUCCCUAUAUACGUAAAUUCGCCGUAAAUUUCGACGAUAAGUUUUGUUACAACAGUUACUAUCUUAUCGCUGCGAAUCAUAAACCUAGAAUGUCGAGCUACGCGACUGGCUAUUACGAAAAAAACAAUUAUUUUAAGGGGUCAUUCUCAGAAACUAUCCAUCUUAAAAAUCAGAUAAAAAAAGUGGUAAUGGCGCCCUGGCACGGCAUUUAGACCUUCAAAUAUUCUCCAUUCAAUAUCGAACUGGAAAUUUUCGUAAGUAGUACUGUUAUUUAUAAAGUUACCUUUGACUACAGUUGCGUCUUACGAGUUAAAUUGGAGUACCCUCUAAAGGAUAAAAAGUGGUAUUACAUUGAUGCGAAUAGUCGGACAUACUCAAAACAUAUACAUUACAAGCUACGUAUAAAUGAAACUAUCGUGUACAUAAGUAUUCUUAUACAGAAAGCUUACAAAACCUUUCAUACCUGAAGUACCGAGUCCGAUGAGUUGAAAACUUUUCUUUAUGAAUAUGUUUGCUUCUGUAUCACAUUACUAUUGGGAGCCGGAAUAAAUAACAGGCGUUUUCAGGCAUUCGAAAAUAAUUUCAUUUAAAAAAUAUUUUCAACUGAAAUUAAGUAAAAUAUUUUCCAUCUAUCAUACAUAGAUGACCUUUUGCCAUCCUUCGGGCAAAGUAUGAAUCCCACUGUGAAAAAUUCCUAAUUUUUUCAAGCGAUCCCUGAGUCGACCCAAUUUUCGGCUUUCGAGUAGUUUUUGAAAUGCUGCGUCGAUCGGGGCAAAUGAUUGUCCGAAGGUGCAAUGUCCGGACAGUAACGCGACUCAAGCAGAAUUUCCCAGCCAAGCGACUCCAACGUUUCUUUUGCAAUUUUCGCAGUAUGAGGUCACAUUCGUGUGUCUUUCGGCCUAUUCAGGUCGUUUACUGUGCAAAGUUCGACUUAGAGCGAUCAUUUGUUCUCGAUAACGUUCAGCUGUCACAGUGACAUUCGGUUGCAGCAAUUGCAUAAUAGAACAUACCUUGCUGGUCCCAUCAGAUAGACAAGAUAAGUUUUUUGUGGUGAAUGCCUCGUUUUGGUGUCGAUAUUGCCGGUUCACCUGGCUUUACUCUUGCUUUUUUUCGCUUAGGAUUGCCAUACUUAAUCCAAUUUUCAUCACCGCUAAUUAUUCGAAACAGGAUUGACUUCCAUUUUGUGUCAAGAAGCAGUUCGCAAGCGAGUAGUCGCCUUUCUUGAUGUCUUUCAGUCGUAAACGUGAAAAUUACCACUUCUGAAUCCCUACAUCUGCUUCCCAAUAGUACAUAAUCACCAUAAGCUUCGACAAGCAAUCUCUGACUUUCAGUGGCACUUUCUUUCAAUUUGCAAAACUAUAGCCAAACUUCCCGUAAAAGCUGUUUCGUGGGGAAAAAAUUGUCCAUCCUUGGAUGAUUAAAAAAGUACUCUGUACACUUCAACUAUCUGUCAAAUAUAGAAUUUUGCAGCCUGACUUGUCAGUAAAAUGAUAUGAUAUUUUCAUGUUACAAUUUCUAUAAAAAAACACACCGGGCUAUCUAUUGUAAAACGCCUGUUAUCUAUUCCACCUCUCAAUGUAUGUGAUCUUUUCUCGUUAUAACUUUGUCCAAAUAAAAUGAUUUCGAUGUCAGAGAAGUUGCUAUAGAAUCUAGCAGAGGCAGAGCCCACUUGUAUCCAAUUCUAUCCUUUUAUUGAUGGAUGGAUGUGAUACUCCCAACUUGCAUCCUAUCAAUAGGUUUUCUUCCUCCUUUCAGAAUUGGGUAAAAUUGAUAGACAAGGGGAGUUUCCUCCAAACUAGAAUUUUUACUCAUCAAUGUAGAUAUAUAUUUCGGGACCAACUUACCCUCUUCAUCAGUACUGAUCGUGGUAAUUAUAGUUGAAACGUUUGACAGUACAAUCAAUGCCAGAAUUAAAUGAGAGACAAUUAGAUAGUUUCGUCAACAUUUAAAGGGGUGAAAGUCUUAGCGCUCAGUGUUCAGUGUUUUUGAUGUUGCUUGGAAAUCCUAUGUACUAUUGUUAAGGGAGCUAUAGUAGGUUAAAAUUGUCUAUUUUCCGUCAACUAGUUGUACUCUAACACAUCAUAGAUUGUCAUUAUGACAGUGAAAUGAAUAGUCUGACAUUCUAAAUGUAUAUACGCUACGAAUUACAUACAUAUAUAUCAUGGACUGCGGAAAUGGAAACGUCGUGCAUCGGAUUAUUUUUACAUAAGAAAUACAUAAUCCUGCCUGAAAGAUUAAACUUUCGAUUUCCAACUUGUUAAUGCUUUCUGAUAUCAGGCUCAUUUCAACUAGUCUAAAUCUCUCGGAGGAGUGCAAGGUUUCCAUGUUUGCUGGUUUACAUGUUUGUCAAUCACGCCCAACGCACUCGUUUGCCUCUUUGCUAGCCAAUUCAGGAAGGUGUGCUAAGUCCUUUGGUUUUUCGGUUCUUAAAGCACUAUUCACAAAAAUCACUAUAUGCUCAUUGGAAUGAAAAUAAAUGGGUCGAUUGUGCUCGCGAAACUUAAGCCUUUACCGCCGAGGGAACAAAAAUAUAACGCGGAUUGUGUUCUCACCUGAUAUGCUUCUGAUGCAUAAUAACCUUGACAUCUCCUGGUCUAGAUAUAAGGAGACGCCCUUCGCAGUUGACAAUGAAAGUUUGGAUGUUAACUUUGUGCAUCUUUGACACUCAUCGUUAUAACAAGGGGGCCAAAUGCGGGAUUAUCAAAUCGUUAAAUUUCACGAAAGUGAAAUUGGGGGGGGGGAUGUGGACAGUUUCAGUGACAGUAAUUUUAAGCUAGGCUAUAGGCUCACAUAUACGUGCGAUUUUCGUUGCAGAAAAGAUGAAGACAAUCUUUCAUGGAAAAAGGAAUCAAUGAGAGCUUGUCCGCACCUUUACUUUUUCUUUCAAGAUUCGCACGUUUUAAAACUUAUGUAACUCGUGGCAAAACAAUCAACAAAGAGAGCUUCCCGCUAAUGCUUAUACAAUCUUAACGGCAAGUAAGUGGUUGCAGGAAGACUUUUAAAGGAGAUCUAACUUCACUAUACUUCAUUUAGACUACACUUCAUCAUUUUUCUCCAUCAAACUUCAAACUUUCCUCACUGCGGUCAUUACUCAACAAUUUUCAUUUACGACUUUUCCACGGCAACAUCGAAAAUGACCCUAAAACGAAAGAAUUCGGAUACACAGACUUGACAACUUUCCAAUAAGUUUGCCAAUUUUUAUUACCGUUGUUUGCUAUCCACGAAAGAAGUUUAUCUUUUGUUAUGUGCUUUUUGUUCUUGUGUUCUACGACUUUUCCUCUGUUGUAGUUUUCUACUUACUUUUCAAUGGACCGAAAGGGAUAUUCUUAUGGGAAAUGGAUAGAAGAUAAGUAGAUAUACCAUCGGAUGCUUUCAUUCUCCUUUAAGGAAUUUUUCUGCUUCUUGGGUAUGUGUAUGUUGGGGUUUACGAUAUUUGGGAGAAUAGUUGUUUGCUGCUGCUUCAUGGGCCACAAGAAGUUUAAAUUAAUCAUUUGGCCUGGAAAGUCGAUGGAUGGAAUGUUGAUGUUUAAAAGCGAACAGGCGUUGAGACCGAAAACAAAAGAGUGAAUUAUAGCACUGUUGUGACUUGUUGUCAGCUUAUUUAUCUUUUUCCGGAAGUUGAAAAGGAGAUAAUAGAAUAGAGUAUAGUUGAAUAAUUCCCAGGGAUGCGUUUGCAAGGAACAUAUAAAAAUAGCUUCGGGAAUGAAAUUAUUAGCUUUUGGUGGAUUACAUAUUAAGCGGUUGUCUAUUAAUUUCAGCGUAAUUGUCCCAUACUAUGCAUGUCGUUUGGCUAUUCUUACCACCUUGAAAAGCUCUAUACAAGUCAGUUGAGUUUAAAAUUACGUGAUAAUCAUUAAUAGGGUAAAAUCGACUACCAUAGUAUUUCCACGAUUCAUUGCCUCUACAUUAAUUUUUCACAAUGACUGGCUAUUCGGACGGAAAUGUGCAAUAUCCACUUCGGGAAAGUGUUCUUCCAUGUGAUUAAUAGUAAUUCAAUGGUUGAGAAAAGUUAAGAAAUUGGCAUCGUCUUUUUGAGAUGAAUAAAAGUAAAACUUUAUAAUGACUGUUCAUUCACACUUCUUUGAAUCAUUGGAAAGACAAAAAGAAAAGUUGAAGCAGGAAAGUUUGCCUGACAGAAUGAGAAGAAACCAUUGGAAAGUUUAAUUUUCCAGAAAAUACCUUAAUUGUGAUUCAAUGAUUGUUUAAUUGUAAUUAAUAACUUUCAAUGGAAAAUAAUAUUGCACAAAUAAGAAAAUAUCAUAAUUCUUUGUUAAAUUUA